AUCUAUGAGCUUUCUGUGCUUUUGCAUGGGUUCUGUUCUAUAAUUUUCCAAACCAACUUUUUCUUAUAGUCUGCAGUAGGAAGCACACAUGACAUGAAGACUAAUCUUAGGAGCUUGACUUUGUUAAAGUCUUCAAUUUACCUAGGGAAAUUGGACACUUGAGACUUGGCAUCCCUUGUAUUCUUAUGGAAUCCUUUGGCAAUAAUCACCUGUGUUGGCUCAUCAACAUCACCAAUUGACAAUUUGAUGGUCGUAUUGGCCAUCUAUGGAGCUUGUUCACGUAUAGUUCCCUUGGCAGCCUUUGGAUGGGUUAUGGCGACACACUUGUCACUUUAUCCUGCAAUCCUGAUUGUACCGGAUAUCUCCCUUCAGACAUCUCAUUGGCUUCUUUUACGUGUGAGAUAUGACAAACCAUGGCAUGAGUGCCUUGAUCUGCAAUCAUUUAUGGACUUGGUACUACAUUCAAGUAACGGAAACACACUAAAAACAGUACUUAUGCUUGCCGAUCAAAUGAUCAAUCGAGUUGAAUAUAUGCGGAAUCAGUGCCAUAGAUACAUAACCGUCUUCUUUGGUAAAAAAAACUAUUGGCGUAGAUCACAAAUAAAACCAUCCCCAUAG